CUCCAAAUUUCACAAUAGAAAUUCCUCAUUGCAUUGACCUAGUUAGUUGACUUGAGGGUUAAAAGUCUAUAAUUUACUGUCAAAGAUACACUUUCAGUUGGAUGUGCACAUAUAGUUGGACUUGUACAUAUGUAUAUAUCUAUCAUGUCUAUAUAGAUAAUAAAAGAAGGAUUUAAUGUUCUCUCAGCUUAUGUGAUGAUACAAACUUUGAAAUCAUAGAAGAUUUGAAACAAAGAAUAAAAGAAGUGGAAACAGACUUAGAGAUAUUCAUGGACAAAAAAAGAAAAAUUGUGAAUCAAAAUGUUACUGUGUCUGUGCGAUACAAGAAGAAUAAAGAAGAGUUAGAAAUUCAGCACACAGAAGAUGGAAAGAGUUCAGAAGUUCAUGACAAUAUUGAAUUUUACAUUGCUAAUAUAGAGGGACUUACACAUGAGUUAGACAGUCUUAAAGAAAAUCUUCACAAAGUUUUACCAAGCUCAGAGCUAGAUGAAGUAGCCAAAAAGAUGGCUGAGGAGGAAAGGAAGAAGGAAGAAGAACAGAGACAAGAGGAAGACAGAAAGAAAGCAGAGGAACAAAGGAUAAAGAGAAGAGAAAAAAGAGAGAAAGUUAUAGAUGAGCUGAUCCAGACAGAAAGAGACUUCCUCCAUGGACUACAUCUGUGUAUUGAGACUUUUGUUAGUCCAACAGCAGACAAGUGCCCAGAUGUAGAUGUUGAAGCAGUAUUUGGUAAUAUAGAAGAUGUGGCUGAUGUUUCCCAAAGACUCCUGACUUUGUUAGAGGAUGCUGUCAAUGGGAAGGAUUUUGAAGAUCAGUUGUUAGGCCCUUGUUUUAUCAAACUUUCUGAAGACAUGAAGAAUGCUUAUGCACCUUACUGUAGAAACCAUGAUGAAGUUAUAUCUAUUCUUGAAAAGUACAGAGAAGACCCGUCCAUCAAGCAGUAUUUUAAUGGAAAGUUGAAUGAAUUACGAGAACAGAUUGUUGUAUUUGACCUUGAGGCUUUACUUAUCAAACCUGUUCAGAGAAUUCUCAAAUAUCCUCUGUUGCUGAAUGAGUUGAUUAAGUGUACAGAAAACAGCCAUGAAGACAGUUUGGAGGCAUUGAACGGUAUAAAUGCCAUGACAGAUGUGGCAGCUGCUAUUAAUGAAUACAAGCGUAGAAAAGAUCUGGUUUUCAAAUAUAAGAGGGAAACAGACCAAUCACUUGGAGACAUGCUGGGCAAGCUUACUUUACACACUUUGAAAAAGAAAGGAAGUCGGUUUAAAGGGAGACUAUCAACUAAUCUUGGAAUUUCUCCACAGACCAAAGAUGAAGAAUUUGACAAGGAGGAAAUAAAGUUUAGGGAAAUGGAAAAAACUGUCAAAAUUUUCACAAAGGAUGUACAGACUUACAUCGAUAAUUUACAGGAAUCAUAUAGUUGUCAUGAAGGCUUAGUGAUAGAUCUAGUAGAUUUCUAUGACGAGAAACCUUGUCCUGAUGUGAAGAAAUACCAAAGACUCUUCCAAAUUAUUCAGGAUAAAUACCUUCCUGAGUUUACUUCCACAGUGGCAGAUAUUGUUGUAGUUCCACUCAGCAAACUAAUGGUAUUCUUUAAUGGUCCAAAUAAAGUGAUACAGAAAAGAUUUGAUAAACUUUUAGAUUACGAUUCCAUGCAAAGGAAAGAGGAAAAGGGAUCAGAGAAAUCUCUUCAGGCAGCUAAGAGUACCUACGAAGCUUUGAAUGCACAGCUCCUGGAUGAACUGCCAAAGAUGUACAGUCUGUCAUUCAAACUGCUGAAGGAUUGUAUAAGUACUUUUAUCAGGGCUCAAAGACAGUUUAAUACCAGUAUAAUGGACAGUAUGACAGAAAUUAUAGAUAUGCCACUGCUACUACAAACAGAAGGUACUGUCGUUGACAGCUUUAACAUCCACCACGUGGCCAUGAUCGACAAAAUGUCUUUACUACGCAUAAUACCGAAGGGCUUUAACCCGAAGAUGGAAACAUUGGGAAAACCAGUGGUAGGAAAAGCAACAGACAAGAAAUCUAAACGGAUGUCAAUGGACACUACUUCUUUACUGCCUUCACCUGUUUCAUGUACUGCACAAAGUGAUAGUCAGCGAGUGUUUGUACAACAGAAAUACCCAGCAGACAAACUGUACCAUGUGACCACCACAUACACGGCCACUGAUCUAAUGGACCUUUCUGUAGCCGAGGGAGACUGUGUUGGGAUGGUAAUGGAUAAAGAUCCAAUGGGCAAUAAAGAUCGAUGGUUUAUUGAUAAUGGUGCUGCAAAAGGUUUUGUUCCAAAAACAUUAUUAAAACUUCAUAGCCAGGUAACCACACCUUCAUCUCAGAGUGUAUACCCAUCCAUGGAUCAGACUCCUGUUUUAGCAACAGAUGAAACAAGUGAUGUGAUUGGUCAGAAACCUCAACUGUCAUCUCCACAAAUAUCUGUAUCAGACUAUUCCAUUGAACAAAAUUUAUCCAAUCAAAUUGAAGAGGAGGAUGAGUUAGAUUUUGCUUUAGAUGAAGAUAUGAGUCCAAACAUAUCAUCAGAAGAGUUUUACUAUGCAGCUUUCCCAUUUGAAGCUAGAAACAGCAAUGAAAUAUCUAUGUUUGAAGGCCAGGUGGUAACAGUAUUGAUUAAACAUGACCAGGAGAACAAUACUGAAUGGUGGUAUGUGGAUGCUGAUGGAGUCAAAGGUUAUGCACCUGCCAAUUAUCUUCAUCCAAUGAAAUGAAAGAACGGGUCAUUUAGCAGCCAGUAAUCUCAAGUCAAUGAAAUGAUUGAAGAUUAUUCCAAUGAAAUUACAGAUGAUUUAAGAUUUAACCAAUGAAAUUACAGAAGAUUUAAGAUUUAGCCAAUGAAAUGACAGAAGAAAUAAGAUUUAGCCAAUGAACGUCAAUCAAAAUGAAGAAGAGUAGCAUUAUCUCAUUUGAUGUCAUUAAAACAUGCUCCAAAUGCUUACAUAUGUACAUUGCAACUAAAUAAAUGUGAUAUCUAUGUUGUUGUCAUGUGUCAGAGAAAAAAAAGAGUAAAGUUGCAAAAACCAUUUGUGUUCACUGUUAAAAUGGGAAAAGUAAUGUUUGUUAUGUAUUUGUGUCUUCCAAAAAUAUGUAUUGAUAACUGGCUGUGAUUGUAUGAUUUUUUAGUGUAUAUUUACAAGAAUAACUCUGACUAGCUUAAAACAACAAUACAGAAUAACUAGUGCUUAAAGGUCAAUUAAUGUUUGCAAAUUCUAAUAAUAAUUGUUCUAUCUGGUACAUUUAUUUUUGUUUGCAUAUUUUUAAAUUUGCAUUUAGAUAUUUUCUUUGAUACUGGUAUAAAAUUGAUUGAUGAAAUGGCUUGUUUGUUAGACAUUGAUGUCUCAUGACAAAUUUGAAAAAGUCCCAAUUUUGUUAUUUAUUGUAGCAUAUUGUUUGUAGCUUUUAUGCUUUUGCUUGGAAAAUAUGUGCAGGGGUUUGUAAUGACUUAUUUCAAACCCAAUAAUGCAAACCAAAAAAAUCAGAAGGACUUUUUUGUUUCUCAAGCUAUUUAGAUUUACUACUGUCAAUUCAGAAAUUAUUGCGAGGUUUUUAUUAAUGCGAAUAAUGUGACACCUUGAGUAUCGCAAUAAUGAAAACUUGCAUUCUGAUAUCUGUUAUGUAUGUCUGUACAAAGCUUUUCCUAAAAUCACAAUAAUUAAACUCGCAUUUUUGUUCAUUCUUGAAAAAUAGCAAUACUAAAUGCACGCAAUAAUUUCUGAAUUUACAGUAUUCACCUUCAUCUGGGGUACCCAUUCCCACCCUCUUUUUAGCAAAACAUGAUUUCAAGCAUCAACACCAAGCUUAAGAGUCUUAUAAAAGAAAACAGCCACAUUUCAAAUAAUCAAAAUUGCCUUUAGGGAUCUGCAUCUUCAGAUAAUUAAUCUAAACAUACUUUUAUUCAAUAACUGAUCUGGAUGCAAGCAACUUUUUCAAUUUAUCACAUAUAUAGUUACACCCAUUAUACCUGAACUGAAUGAGUGUGUACACAAUACAAUAAAUAAUACUCAAAACUGACAACAACACUUCAAAUGGUCUGCAAUUUGCAUUUUGAGUAUUAUUUAAAUGUUGCAUUCAUUUGCAUAAUUUGACAACCCUGCAUACCAAGGUAUCCACUUCAGGGACUCUAUCGAAAUGAUUCACUCAGGCGUUAAUUCACCAAACGGAGUUUAAUUUACAAUACAAUAAAGGUUUACUUUGCUUGUCUUUUAUACACACGUAAGAAAAGUAGCUGUAACAGCAUACAAUUUGCUGUUCUAAAUAGGCACUCAAAAAAAUUAGCUGUAAGACCUUAAAAAAAAUACAUUCUAACCUUGUCAUAUUAUUUCCUUUAUAUAUGUGAUGCUGCUUUUGUUUGCUCUCCAUGACAGUUUGCCUUUUAAUGAGAUUACUUUUAAACUGUGAUUUUAGUGAAAUUUGCAACUUAUUAUUACAACUCCCAUUGUGCCAUACAUCACAUAAGGCGUGAAGUGUAGUUUAGUAUGUUAUUUUUCUACGUAGGGUUUUGUUUUGCAUAAUAUUUGAAGUGGAUUUUUGUUCACUGGUAUAUUAUUGUGUCCAAAUAUAAGAUUUAAAUAAUUUGUUGAUCGAGUAUUAACCAAUAAAUAAUAACAAUAUGUAUUAUUUAUGGAUGGAUAAGGAUUAUAUAUAUAUCAGACCUUCAUACCUGGAAUUUAGAUGUAUGUGCCCAUUUUAUACACUCACCAUGCAUUGUUUCAUAUAUUUUAUGGGUUGAGCCUAAAUUUAACUGAUGUGAAAUAAUGUAAGAUGUUUGUCAAAGAUAUGCAUUAAGUUGUUUUUUUCAUAUUUUUAUGUAAAUUAUUGUUAAAAUUUGAAAAUUUUGUGCGUAUUAUUGUGAGGCUUAUGUCAAAGCUUUAGUGACCUUGCCAGACCCUCAUGGGUAGUCAAGGUCAUUAAGACUCCAUAGUAGUGACACAUUUUUGUCUUCUUGCAUCACCAUCUUCCUUGUCAGUGCUCAACUGCAACCCUUUUAAAAGGCUUGACAGAAUCUUCCCAAUCUUGCCCAAAUUCUUUUACAGGGCAUUAAGUUUAGUACCCAUAUUUUUAUUUUUGGUCAGAGUGUAUUUUUGUGGGUUUCCCUAUACCAAAACAUGGGAAUUUGCCCAUUCUGCUUAUAUAUUAUUAGCAGCUGUUAGGUGACACACAAUGUGACAUUUUCCUUGAAGAAUUGCUAUUUUUGAAUUAAUAAUGUCAGAUUAAUCAAUGCAAUUCCCGCACAUGUUAGAAAUAGAACAUCUUUUCGCAAAUUAUUGUUAUCGUAGUUUUCAUACUUUCAUAAUUUGUAACAGUAAUAGAUAUAGUGCAUUUAUUUAUCUAUUUGUAUCUGUAGUAUUUUCCACAUGUACUUUUUUCUAGAUUAUAUCAUUCCAUUCCCUAUUGUUUUAUUAUAUUUUUUCUUAUAAACAUUCCAAAGAGCAUUUAAGUUUUCUUGAUUUUUUUUCAAAAUAAUGUGAAACCAUGUUAUGUGUAUUCAUGUCACAGAAAAAAAUGCAAAACUAUUCUUUGUCCAAUUUCCCAUUGGCAAUUUCUUCAAAGGGAGAGGUCUCACAUCAUAAUUUUGCAGAUUAACACCUAUGUCCUAUAUUACUUUUUCCCAAGGACAAGUUAUUGAACAUAUAAAAUGAAAAUGAAAAAGACACUGACUUACUUCUAGACUAUUUGUUUAUAGAAAAGUUUUUUAUGCCCCCACCUACGAUAGUAGAGAGGCAUUUUGUUUUUUUGGUCUGUUCUUUCUUUCGUUCUUUUGUUCGUCCGUCUGUCCUGCUUCAGGUUAAAGUUUUUGGUCAAUGUAGUUUUUGAUGAAGUUGAAGUCCAAUCAAUUUGAAACUUAGUACACAUGUUCCCUAUGAUAUGAUCUUUCUAAUUUUAGUGCCAAAUUAGAAUUUUGACCCCAAUUUCAUGGUCCAUUGAACAUUGAAAAUGAUAGCGUGAGUGGGCAUCCAUGUACUAUGGACACAUUCUUUUUUUUUUCACUUUCAGAAGUUUUUAGUACUCCUUAUUUUCACUCUACAACAGUACUACACCAUUGUUGUGUGUGUGCUGUUCGGUUGCAGUCUUAUUUACUUUACUUUACAUUUUUUUUUAUUCAUUUUGAAGAAGCUUUAGCAUCAAUCUUGAUAGCACUGAUGGGGAAAUUGAAAUUGAUAUAUUGAUUGUUAGUAUCUGAACAUUACAGUGUUAAUAGCAUAGAUAGGUCCUGUAAUAGGGAUCAACAUGGACAAAGGGUGGGAAAUUUGGACUGCCACUCGAAAAUGGGGUAAUUUGGAUAGGGACAGAAAUUUAAUGAAUCAAAAAUGUCUACUGUCCGAAUGAAUUAUGUAACAACUAUUGAUACAUACCUAAGCCUAUCAUUUUAUCACUAAGUUUAACAUGGUGAGUUAAUAUACAUUAUUAGAGGAAAAGUGCAAUAUCCAUGUUUCAUGUAGCUUUGUUUUUGUAUAGUUGAUGUCAUUGUUUUUGUUUGUUAUAUUAUUGCACUUAAUUAAAUAUUUUUACGAUUUAUAUUUGGUGUUAUGAGCAUAUACUGUGUUUUUAAGAAAACACCCUCACUAGAAUUACAUUGAAAGUGUCGAUAAGUAUAGGUUUUUCUUUUUCUCCCUCUGUAAAUAUUUCUUUUUUUUAAGAUCAGUAUAAUAUAAAGUCAUUUGGACUCUGUUGAAUAAAGUCUCAUCGUCAAUCAUACCACAUAUUUAUUUCUAUUGAAACCUGUGUUAACUUGGCCCACUGAGGACUUAAUAUUUUGUUUGGAUUAGACAGGUGUUUGUUUAAGACAGGUAAACUUAUUAAUGAAUAUUCCCUAUUUCAAGAAUUCAAUUAUAGUUAAGUGGGGAGCAGUUUUAUUUUUUACGGCUUUCGAUAAAAUUGUGGAAAUAUCUCCUCAUGUAAAUUUGAUCUAAACUAAGAUCAGAAUAAAGAACUUAGAAAAAACAUGAAAAUUAAUCCUAUUGAAUGGGUUUGGUCCUAUAAAAAUAAACCAAUUUACAGUAAAGCAUUUUUUCACUUUACACAGGUUUUACAUAAAUCUCCAUGUGAUUAAAUUAACAUGUACAUUUGCUCUCUUCAUAAUGAAGUUCUUCAUAAACUGUAGUGUUUAAUCACUAUAUAGAACUAUGUUUACUGUGCCAAAAUUCUCCUUUUUUUCAGGAUUAACUGACAUGUUAUACCUUAUGGCAGACAUUUAGGUUUGGGGUUUUUAUUUUAUUUAUUUGCGAAUUUAUAUUAAAAAUGUCCCAUGGCGAAAUUUAUCUACAAGAUUGGACUUUGGGACAAGAAAAAAAAUUAUGAUAAUAGAAUGAAACCACAUUUAUAAAUGGCUUUUUCUUAUAGUAAUCAGUCAAUUUUAUCUCUGCUGAAAUAGACCAUUUAAGAAACUGUUUAGCUGUUUAUCAGCAAGAUGAGCACAAGCUGGAAAAAAACCCACUAAUUUCUGUAAAAUUUGAGUUGAAAACUUUACAUUUAAACUAGAAAGGUGUUGUAUUGUCUUUUACAAACAUUUCAUGGUAAUAUUUUUAAAUAUUUACUGUUGAAGCACCUCUACAGGGAAGGAGAAGGUAUGAUCAAGCCUUUUUUACCGCUUAAAUUGGUAAGGCAUAUGACUAUAUUUAGUUUGACCAAAACAGACGUUAAGUGGCAUUUGUUUUAUCAUUUUUGACAUUUUGUUUUAUAUCACUGUGAUGUCACACUUGUCCUUUUUUUACACUAAAAUGAAUCGACUAGAUAAUCAUGCUUGUUUUUUUACUAAGGCUGAAAAAUUUCUUUUUUUUUUUCAAGUUUCGAAAGUCUAAAUAAUGAAUUUUAUCAUACCUUUUGCUGUGUGGAACAAUAAAACACAAGACAGAUUAGGCAAGCUCCAUCUCAAAUUAAGGUUGUUCAUUAUGAAAUGUUUACCAUCUUGACUGAUUCAAUAUUAUUGUGUAGUUAUCCAGAAAAUUAUGAAUAAUUGUGUAACUUCCUAACUUAUAAACAUAAAUAUAUGCCAACUUACCUCCCAAAACUAUUUUUUAUAAAUGGCUUUACAUAUAUCCAGAUAUAUUAUAAAUUGAUCGUAUUUUUUUGCAUUAUGUAUAUUUUAUCCAUCUGCAAUAGUUCACACUGUCUAAAUAUAUGAGCUGCAUUGGAUAUAAAUCGACCUUAAGCAAAUGAAUAUCAAUACAUCUGUUAACCUAUUGUUGGUUGAAAAAUCAGUAUGCAAAGUCUGUAACUGUUUGAAGAUUGAGUUGAUAUAAGAACCCUACAAAGCAGACCAAAAUUUGUCUUUUGUUUUAUAUUUGAAUGUUCCAAAAUCAAUCAAAGUCUUAUACAUGUACAUGUAUAUGUGCACUCGAAUAAGGUCGAUUUUUUCCGAUGCAACUCAUAUAUUAGACAUUUUCUGAUGAAAGACAUCUUCUUCUACGGCGGUAUUUUAAGUAAUUGAUACAUUCUUCAAUUGAUUUGACGAAACAUUACGUACAUGUACUUUAAAGUUAUUGUUUAUAAGAAAAAUUAUCUAGAGCUUUAUUGGACUAAUGUUGAGAAAUAUUGUUCCAAGCAUAUUAACAUUAUAUUGCAAGUGUAAUAUGAUAUACUGCAAGGAACAAAAUUGUUUAAUAUUUGUGUAAUAAUCUAUUUAUAGUAUACAUAUAGUACCAAAUAUUUUAAUACAGUGCUUUACACUUUCAAUACUUUUUUUUAGAAAUAAUAAGUGCCAAAUCUACAUAAAAUGGACCUUUUAUAGCCAACUAUAGGGUAUGGGUUUUUCUCAUUGUUAAAGGCUGAAUAGUGGCUUAUAAUUGCAUACUACCACUCUAUUUUAACUCUGGUGGAUAGUUAUCUUAUUGUCAAUCAUACCAAAUCUCCUCAUUCUUAUACUAAAGAAUAAAGAAUAAUGGGCAAAAAAUAUAAAUAAUAGUGAAAAAUUACCAUAAAAUAAAAAAAAUCUUCAUAUGAGUUUUUUAGGGUAUAUUAUAAAUAACAUUAAUACGUUAAACUCUUUAAUAUGUUUGUUAAAUUUGCUGCUGUAUGGCAAGUGGCCCUCAAUGAAUUGAUGUAAAUGUAGCAUCAAAAUGCUAGUUUCACUGCCUUUGUGAGUAUUGUAACAGGGUUGCCAUAUACGUUAAAUUUAUUUUCAAAAUGUAUUAUCAAUAUUAUCAUAGGAAUUAUCAACUUAUUGCAUUAAUAAAACAGAAAUCCCAAAAAGCAGGUCUUAAACAAAAAUAUGCAGUAUUGUAUGAAGUAUUUCCAUUGAUAUAUUACAUUAAAGGAGCAAAUCAUUUCUGAUUUAACAUUGAAACUCUAUAAAUGUUAUUUGUGUGCACAAAGAUGUGAUGUCAUCAAUUUGUGCUGUCUUGUGAUCUUCAUGGUAAUAGUUUAUUUAUAUGAUGUUUUAUGUAAAGACUUUCUUUAAUUUGCUUUUAGAAUUCGAUUUAUUUCUUAUUUUUUAGCCAUGUUUGCUGAAAGUGGUGUUAACACCAACUAUUAAUCAAUCAAUUAUUUUGCUUGGUGAAAGAGAAAUAAAUAAAACAUUUUAUUUUGCCUUUGUAUUGGUCAGACCUAUGAAAAAUAAUGUUUCAAUCACUUUUGAAGAAAGCCAAGGAAUCUGUAAAAAGAUUAAAACAGGAUGAAUGUCUGGUACUUCUAACUUUGAAAAUCUGUCAGUAAUUUCCAUUUACAAUGAUCAUUUAUUAAUUUUCAAAUGUUAUUAGAAAAUCAAUUAUAUUCUUUCACACACCAGUUUUACUGAAGUAAAAAAUCAUUUGAAAUACCAAUAGAAUUGGAAAUGGGGAAUGUGUCAAAGAGACAACAACCCGACCAAAGAGCAGAAAAUAGCCGAAGGCCACCAAUGGGUCUUCAACACAACGAGAAAAUCCCGCACCCGGAGGGGGGCCUCAGCUGGCUCCUAAAUAAAAAUGUGUACUAUUUUAUUUAAAAUGGACGUCACUCUAAACUCCAAAACAUAUAAAUGAAUUAAAAUUAAAAAACAUACAAGAGAUAACAAAGGCCAGAGGCUCCUGACUUGGGAUAGGUGCAAAAAUGAGGCGGGGUUAAACAUGUUUUGUGAGAUCUCAAUCCUCCUAUACCUCUAGCCAAUGUAGAAUAAACAAACACACAGCAAUUUUUUAAUACUGUAAACUUAGAAAUUGUUUAGAAGCUUUUUUAUUGGGAUGGGAUAGGUUUUGCAAAUAUAAAAACUUGCAUUUUAAAUUUUGAUAGCAUUGAUUACUAUGAAAUCAUAAUAAUUAAACAUUAAACAUGAAAACAGUGUAAAAAAGUGUAAUCGAUUUAAGGGAAUAGUACAUCAAACAUUCUAAAUUACAGUGGAUUCAUUAUUAUUCGUGCGAUACCAAUUUUCGUAGAUUUCAUGGGUAAAGAUAAACCUUGAAUCUAAAUGUUCAAAGAAGUACAAUUUUUGCGUAGAGUGAUAUGCUAGCUUUGGCAAAAGAAUGAAUAUAAAUAUCCUAGAAAAUACAAAUAUUUCUCAAUCCACGAAAAUUGGUUCUCACAAAUAUAAAAUAAAUUCACAGUAUCUUUUAUAGCGGCAGAAUUCUUUAUUAACUCCUAUUAGGGCUCAGUCCAUAUCUUUAGUAAUUGUUAGGGAAAUUGUGUUAUGACUAAUUACUAACUAACACAAUAUACAAAUCAGCUUGACAAAUACUUAUAUACAGUCAACCCCUCUCAAGUAAAUUAAGAUUUACAGGAAUAUUAUACACAAAUGUCACAUUCACCACUCCAUGCAGGUAAAUGGUAAAUUGGUCAGUAUUUUAAAAAUCUUCAAUAAGCCUUAAUGUUAGGAAUUACCAUAAAGUAGCUUUUUCAAAUUUUGCAUGCUUACAUUAGGUUGUAAACACCAUUUAGAUGUCAAACAAAUUAUACAUUACAUAUAUGCAUGAAUGUAGAUGUCACUCCACACUAAUUAUAUUUAAUAUUUCUGUUAUUUAAUAAGAAUCAUGUUAUUAUUUGAAACAUAUUAAAAAUGCUCAAAUUAAAGUAUUUUACUUAA